GUAUGCUAUACAUUCCUCGGUUUAAAGGUCAGAUAUACAGUAUGUUAUUUAAUCAUAGUCUAUUCGCAGUAAGGCUGUGUAAAAGCGAAACAAGACGUGGGGGUAUUUCUUUGAGUUUCAGAACGAAACAAAUAUUUAAUUUCCUGGAACACUUAAUUCUUUCUUCGAGACGUCAUACAUUUCGAUGCUUGGAAGGCAAAACAAUGAAGGAAUUGACAUCUGCGAAGAAAAGGGAAUCUGAAGAUGAAGUGGACAAUAUGGUUGGUUUCCGUGGAAACCAGAAGAGUCAAGAGAAAGAAAAUUUGAUGGAAUGUGAAGGAAAUCAGCACGGGGACUUCACAGAUGGAGGCGAGACUGGUGAGAAUGAUGAGGGUUUGAGAAUAUCAAACGAAGUCGAUGACGAUGGCACACACCGAAGGGUACUUAGAAAUAUGGUAGGGACAAGAGAUGAAAAUGUCGAAGUUAUCAUUGAUGAUUCGGAUGAGAAGAACAUAGUCGUGAAUGACAGAGGUGACGAACGCCAACUAUAUCCGUUUUCUAUGCUGGAUUGUCUGGGUGUUAUAGCUUCCAUAAUAGUCUUUUUCUUUGACGUGGUUACCGAUAUACUCCUCUCCAUUGAAUACAAAGACCACGGGUGGACUGUAGAGUGUGCGCUGACGUCAUCGGUAGUGAUCGCAUCUUUUCUGGUAGCUGGAACUCUGAGUACAAUUUGGUACUUGCAGGACGAAAGCGGAAACAAGGGAACAGUGAAGAACAUUUUGUUUCUCAUCGUGGCCUUUCCAUUUGCUACCAUUAUCAGAAAUUUCUCUUACUUUAGACACGGCUGUUUGAGUCGCGUGGCUACUGAGGAUAGGAAAAACACACACUAUAAAGAAAUGAUUAAGAACGAUUCAGAUGCCAGUUUAUUACGGAUGUUUGACGCCUUCGUUGAAUCCGCUCCUCAAUUGAUCAUCCAAAUUUACAUGGUCAUGCAUGAUACUCACCAAGAAGCAAUUCAUUUAGAGUUACUACGAUCCGUUACCAUAGCAUCGUCUUUAGCAGGACUGGCGUGGUCAGUAACGGGAUAUAACAGAGCACUCCGUAUCUUUACCGCCACUUCCAGUCUGCAGGCUAACACGAUCUGUGGAGCUAUGGGCUACUUCCUGUGGAGGGUGUUUGAGAUUGGCCCGAGAAUCACGGCGAUUGUCAUGCUGAUCUCAAUAGAUAGCCAUGGAUUUUACAUUAUUUUUGGAUCAAUAUUUCAUUGGAUGGUGAUGAUAACGGUCGCAUUUUUCAAAAAUGUAAAAGUUUACCGUAACAAAUUGCACAACAUUUUAUUCAUUGUGUUCAUAAGUUUUGUGCAAAUCAUAUCAUACAUGAACUUGAGUCGGGGUAAAUCCCGACUUCUUGCCAUAGCGUAUUACUCGUUGUUUUACGUGGAGAACGCGGUGAUGGUGGCGCUGUUUGUGUUUUUGGGUGACGUAGACACAUCCGGUUGGGUUUUUAUUGUCGUUGUAUCGGUGGCGUCCUCUGGGAUUGUGUUCAGUACCCUUUUUAUGGUGAUGUACUAUGUUCUGUGUCAUCCAAAAGUAUCACGUGAUACAUUAUGUAUUAAAAUGGAGAUGGAGAGGAAAGAUGAAGAGAAUUCAGAGAGACCGGGGAGGAAGAUUUUGGAGACAGGAUAAGAUUUCUAAUUUCGUUAUACAUUAAACUUCACAACUGUAUUUUCCAAUUUAUUCGAAAUACAUAGAUCAUCGAUGGACGUGAAUAUUUAAUUAUUUAUGUGGUGGACCCAAGAUGUCAAAUAUUUGUCUCCUGUGAAAUUGUGGUCGAGGAAUAUCAAGUCCGUAAAACAGGGGGCCCUUCACACAUCGGGAAUAUUAAAGCUGUAUGGUUCGAC